UCGAAGGAAGCCGAUCCGGCCGAUCGUAAUAUUUGGAUGACAGAGAAACAACUAAACGAGAAAAGAGAUUAUUUUUACUUAUGUUAAGUGGUUCAACUUCCAUUUACUUUGAUUAUAACUUUUUAUAUUUACACAGAAGAUACGGAAGCAGUGUUAAUAGCGUGUACAUUUAAACAAUAUUCAAUCUGAAACACAAUGGGAGACAGCAGUAAUGAGGGAGAAAAACAACCACUUCUUGCAAGUGAAAAUACCACCUACAACGGGGAUGCCUCUGGUCAGCAAACAACAGUAUCUCCAAUUGGACCAGAUGAGCUACCUCCUCCGUUCUUCCAGCAAGCGGAGGGCGGUGGAGUUCCUAUGGUUACGUGCAGAGUUUGUCAGGCAAUGAUUGAUAUUUCUGGAAAAAGAGACCAACACGUCGUCAAGUGUACGCAGUGUAAUGAAGCCACACCAAUAAGAAAUGCUCCUCCGGGAAAAAAGUAUGUACGCUGUCCCUGCAAUUGUUUGCUUAUAUGCAAAAGUUCCUCGCAGAGGAUUGCUUGUCCCAGACCGAAUUGUAAAAGGAUCAUCAACUUGGCCCCAAGUCCGGUCACACCACCUGUACCCACUAUGCCUGGCAUGUGCAGGGUUACUUGCGCACAUUGUCACGAUACUUUCCUGUUUAACACGUUAAAUAACGCUUUGGCCCGAUGUCCCCACUGUCGAAAGAUCUCGUCCGUGGGACCCGACUAUGCAAAAGGUAGAGCCAACAUUUUCCUCAUCCUUUCCGCAGUAUUUCUGAUCAUAGCUAUAGGAGUGACUGCGGGAACAUACUCCUAUGCAAGAACACACAACGGCGUUUAUGUAGCAUACGUCGGCGCAUUUCUAUUAGCUUUAGUAAUGUUUAUUCGUAGCAUGUAUUAUUACUUUAUGAAAGUUAGUAUUAUAGAGGGACCGAUGUAAUUUUUGAGUAGCUGUAGAGGAUUUCGAUUUUUUAGCGGCCUCUGUCUUAUAGAAAAUCUUAAAUAACAAUUAUUUUUAUUUUAAUUUCAUAAAUAAUCUGGUAGUUGUUGGAUAUUUGGUACUCGUUUCAAGGUAUGUACGAUGCAAUACUUAAACUUAAUGCUGGCGUCUAUUUAGCCAGAACCAAUACACGAGACAGAUCAGUAACACUGGUGUGAUUUCGAAAACUGUAUGUUGUCGCUGUUGCACAUAUAUGACGAUAAUAGGAUUUUAUUACGGUUUGAAAAAAUGGUCCCAAUAUGAUUCCUCUAAGGUUUGAAAUACUAUACGUUUAUAAAUACACUCCUGGCCAAAAAAAAAUCGAGACACUUGCAUUUUGUAUGAUUGUUUAAAUAGAAAUUUAUUUAAAACGCCAAAAAAGUAAUAAUAGGAAAAAGAUGUAACCCAAAAGAAAGUAAUAAGUAACGAAAAAAAAUUAACAUUGUUCGAAAAAUUAAACAAAAGAAAAAAUAAAUUUUGAUUGACCACAGUUGGCUGUUUUUAGGCUUAGUAUCGUGUAUGGUGUCCCUUACAUCUGUGGGGGAGUUCAGUACGCCUAGGGAUACUUGCAAUAAGUUGCUGAAUCUGUUCUUGCGAUAUAUAUUUCCAUUAUGUAUUGAACGCUAUUUUCAGCUGUUGAAUCGUUUCUAGCAACGGUUCCGUCUUUUUAAUAUUUUUCCCCAAAAUGGCCCAUAGAUGUUCUGAUGGAUUCAUGCCAGGACUACGAGCGGGCCAAUCCAAAACGGGAAUUCCGACAGUAUUUAGGUAGUCCAGGACGAUUCGCGCAGUUUGUGGACGCGCUUUUUGCAUAAAUAAGAAAUUAUUACCAACGAAAGGGGCCUAGGGGACAACAUUGUCCUCCAGAUACUAUCGUACGAGGUUGCUUAUGAAAAAGAGUUUUAUUUUAAAAAUUAUUCUACAAUCGAAUGCUCUCCUUCAAUAUAUUCCCUUCCCUCGCCACACACCGUUCCAUUCGUUUUUUCCAUUGGUCAAAGCAAUCCUGGAAGUCUUCUUUUGUUGGAGCUUUUAGGAGCUCCGCCGUUUUUCGCUUCACCUCUUCCAUCGACUCGAACCGGAUUCCUUUUAAGGCAGACUUGAUCUUCGGAAACAGGAAAAAGUCACAGGGUGCUACAUCAGGCGAGUACGGCGGGUGUUCGAGCACUGGAAUGCAUCUAGCGGCUAAAUAACGCUUCACAGACAGGACUGUUUGUCAAAUUUUUUGGGACCAACUUC